CACACAUGGCACCACUACAUGUCUACAGACUACAACUGAGUGGUGAGUACUACUCCACAUAUUUAUCUAUUCGUAAGAUAAAAGAGACUAAAAGCCUAAAACCAACUCAAAAAAUGGCAGAGGAGAGCUCAGUAAAGCUACAUGGUAUGUGGGCAAGUCCCUUUGUUUUGAGAGUAAAACUUGGUCUCCAAAUUAAGGGCAUAAAAUAUGAGAAUAUAGAGGAAGAUCUUAACAACAAAAGUGAUUUGCUACUGCAAUACAAUCCAGUGUAUAAGAAAGUUCCAGUACUUGUUCACAAUGGCCGUCCUAUUUCUGAGUCUUCUAUCAUUCUGGAAUACAUCGACGAGGCUUGGCCUGGUCCCCCGUAUUUACUUCCUAAAGAUCCUUAUGAAAGGGCCAAGCAUCGCUUUUGGGCCAACUACUUCCAACAGAUAUCUGAAACUAUGGGCAAAACAAUGAUGAAAGAAGGUAAACUAACAGAGGAAAUGCUGAAUGAGUUUUGGGACAAGCUGGAUAUAGCAGAACAACUACUGAAGAAGGAGAUGUUCCCUAAUGGCAGCCCAUCCUUUGAAGAUAAAAUCCCAGGAUUCUUGGAUUUAAUGUUUUAUGCAUACUUUGGAACAUCUGAAACAACAGAAGAGGUUUUUGGUGUUAAAAUUGUGCCGCCACAAAGGUUUCCGUUAAUAAAAUCAUGGAUAAAGGCACUCAAUGAAGUUCCUUUUGUGAAAGAGUUGAGUCCACCAAGGGAUAAGCUGGCUGAACAUCUUAAAAUUGUGUUCCAUACUUUUCUAGCACCUAAGGCCUAAUUGUAUGGUCCUAUGCUCGGUUAUGUUGUUAGAAUAUUGUCUAUCUUCUGUAAGGCAGCUCAUAAUUGGUACUAGACUAAUAGGUCCUAUGAGUCUUAUGUAUUCCCAUUUUGCUUUUUUUUUUUGUUUGUUUGUAAUAAAUGAUGGUGAUGUAGAAUUUGAUCUAGUUGAGGGUAAAUUAUCUUAAACUUGAAGGAUGUUUGAUGAAGGGUUCAAUAUUUCAAAAUAGUAAGAAAUGACAAUAAAUUUAUCUUC